AUGGCGACUAGCAACGCCCACCUCCUAGAUAAGGAGGUGGCGUGUGUAUCAUCCUACGCUGGAAAGAUCGCCGCCGUAUUUCAUCAAUUUGCCCUCCUUGCCCAGAAGCACCCUCGCAACUUUGGGGGAACCAUCAAUAUCCUAGAUGCGACUGUCGCUACUCUCAAUCAAGUCUCGAGCCUUCUGAAAGACGAGGCAGGCGUCUUUGAGAAUGAAAGCAAAAAAGUGCUUUUUAGCUCGGAGGGCAUACUAUACGUUGAGCGCCUUGUAAAGGAAUGCGCUAAAGAAUUGGUCAAAGUCGAGUCUACUAUCUCGAAUGCUAGCUUACCGUCAAAAGAGUUCAGGGCCAAAGCCAAGAAAGACAGGAAGAAGGCAGUGGGGACGGAACCUGCCGAAAUUACCUGCUCUGAUUUAAGUCUCGACGAGAAGUCAUUCUUGGAUAAGACCGAGAACGUUAAAUGGAGCUUGGCCAAUUAUGACCUCGACGAAAGCACGGAUCGGCUUUGCGAGCUCCAACUCCACCUCCUCUUGGUUUUCCAGGUUGUCACAGUCGGUGCACUUUCUCAAGAUCUAUCGACUGGCAAAGUUGACGUCAAAGCCAUCGUCACUUUUCAUGAGCGUAUCCAUCGCACAGCAAAGUUGGCUGGCAUCAAAGUACCAAAACCUCGUGCCAAGCCAAAGAAAAGAUAUGUCUCAAGUGACAGUGAUAGCCUCGACAGCGACAGCGGUAGCGUCAGUGAUAGCGAUAGUGGCAAUGACGUUGAUAUCCCAAUAAAGUUGGUAUCGACCGUCGCACCACCAUCUCCCAAAUCAAAGCCGCUUAACCUUCCGCUAGUAAGAGAUCCGGUGAAACUACCUCAGCCUCCAUUAGUAACUACCCACCCUCCGUCUUAUUUUGAGAGUUUUAAACCUACCAUCAAUGCACCUCCAAUCGCCAUAACCGAAUCAAUUCUUCCAAGUACAUUCAAAACGGUUCCAGCCCUCGAUAGGAAAUCAGAGAAAUCAGAUACCUCUCUCGCAUCAAACAGCACAGUAGAAAAGAAGCCGAUAGAGGAAGAACCGGCCAAAGAAAAAGAAACCAAAUCCGCCACCCCUAAGUCUUCCCUCUUCAGGUCGGAAACACAUGGCUUCAAAUUCAAGCUCAAGAGUUUUUUCCGUAGCAAAGAGUCGCUCGCUAUUGAGAUGAGAACAACUCUCUGCAAUGCCAAUUCGCAUCUUCUAGCAUUUGUGGUCCAGAGGACCAACCAGAGGCAGGUCCCGCACUCGGCAUUUCACUCUCUUGAAGCAACACAUAUACGUACCAUUCUAUCACAGUUGAAUGACAACACUUGGUACAAUACUUUUGCCUCUCUCAGUGCUGCUGAACACGGGACUCUUCACCAUAUCAUAUACCCGCACGUCGAUGGCCAAAUCUACGAAAGGGAAGUCGUCGUUCUCAAAACCAUCAAGGAAGAAAGCAACAAGCCUACUGCCUGGGUGGCAUUGGUGAAGGGACUCCGGCAAAGACCUUCAUUUCCUCCUGCCUCCGGAGGCCGCACCCUUCUUGUGAUCGUCAGGGAAAUCCUCGUCGAUGGGAAGCCGCUGGUGCCAAAAGGUCUCCUCCCUGGCCCGGGUUUUGGCCCUCGAGGAAUGCCGCCGCCAUCCAAGGCGCCUCCCAUUGUUCCAGUUUUCCGACCUCCUCCACCACCAGGUCCACCUCCUCCUCGUCAUACUUUAACUUGGAAUACCAAAAUCUCGGAUUUACGCUUUCCACCCCCGCCUCCACCACCGCCUCCGCCUCCACCUCCACCUCCACCCCAUAUCUUGCCACGAUAUCCUCCCGUCCAGCAUGGAGGGCCGCCGCCGCCGCCGCCCCCUGCGCUUAUUCCCUAUCCGCCUCCUACCAGCAGCCAACCUCUUGGAUCGCGACCCGGCGGUAUUCGUUUCUCAAAUACCACAGUAAUGACAGAACAUGAUGCUACUAUAGCUCUGACGACCUAUAACGAGUACAACGUCCGAGUCGCUGAGACAGCACCGCCCCACCCUGCCCGUUCGUGGACCAGAGUGUCUAUUAUUCUAGAGAGCGCCGAACGCCACCUUAUUGAGCAACGUUUGGACCAAUUCCAGCGUUCAGGUGGCAACAUCAUUGAGGCUAAGAUGCGUCUCACGGCAGACCAAAGCGACCAGGUAACGCGCUUAAUGGACGAGCUCCGUUUUGGGGAACGAGAUCUCCGAUUUGAAUGGUACUGGGUGGAAAUUAGCCUCUUCGACCAAGACGGACACAUAGUAAAUCUCGCUCAUCAAGGCCAGAGCCAUGUAGCUGAAAGGGCAACGACGAUGCACCUUAUUGCGAAACGCACGCUAAAGCCGCACUGUCUACCUUUGGCGGUGUAUAAUUUGUUGAUGAGAAGUCCGCCACCUCCAUUGAUGCGGCCGAGUCAGCCAGCUGCACCCGCACCACGACCUAUUCCGAUACCAGCACCGAAAAAGAGAAACAAAUAUUCGAGUGAUAGUGAUACCGGGUGUUAUAGUAGCAGUGUUGGCUACAGCAGUGAUAGUAGCGGCAGUGAUUAUGGAGCAGUGAAUGUGAAACCGCCCUCGAGGAGGCCUAAGUUGCUAAAGAGGCGCCCCCACAGGUCCAGAAGAUACAGUUUCUGCUCCGACUCGGAAAGCGAGGAGGAGGAUGCUAUGAAGUUGGAUUUGCAGCUUAAACGGGGAGAUGAUGUGGUCCAAAAGCUUCUACAAUUAUGGACACCGCAAUGUCACGAACAGGACAAGGAGAAAGCAAUUGAAUGA